CAGCAAGCUCUUUUGCCCUCAACAGUGAACAUGCGCAGUAGUGGCUGUUUACCGAUACUUCAUAGGCUUCACUGACUGGCCACACCUAACCUCUCUAGUUCCUGUGUACGCUCUAUGGAAAGCACCGUGAAGCUAGCUACAGUUGAAGCGGUUGUUGGUUCAUCAAACAAUUCAAAUUCUGACUACGAAAAUAGUUACACAGGUUUAUAGUAUUCUGCUGCAAGUUUAUGGUAAUGGGGAGAAUGGCAACGCUCUGCCAGCCACCUGUUUUCAAGGACCCGAACGCAGACAGUGGUUGCAUCCUGGAAGACGCACAGAUGUUCUCCUCUUGCCACUUCGAAGACCUUCCUGAUCUAGUCAAUGAGUGCAGAGGGUUAAGAAUUGGCCUAACGUCUCCAAAUGGCCACGAGCUGAGAAUCACAGGGCUGGAUGGGACAGUGUACUGGGGGCGGGAGGAGAUGCUGGAGAUGUGGGGGAAGCUGUACUUGCCGCAGCCAGAGAGAAUGGCUGUGAUGGGCGCCAUUGAUAACGUCCCCUCGCUGGCCGAGGGCCUGCAGCUGAUUGUUCUUGUGGACAGCCAGGGAAAGGUGUACUUCUAUGAGAGCGAGGUGCUGCAUCUGGUGGCCCCGAGCGUGAAGGACUUCCUGGUCAGUGGAGCAGUGUCUCCCCCCAUGGAGAGCUUUGAAUACGGACAGCACUGUGCACCCAAGACUGAAGAGGAAUACCUGAAGAUUAUGAAAAAGGCUGGCAUCCCACUAAUACAAAAAAGCACAAAGGACUUUGUACAGAGCAAGGCGAAAGGGAUAAAAGAUAAUCUGGAUUUCCUUAAUUUUCCCAAGCCUAUAAUUUUUAAGUAAUUAAUUUUUUUUGCUUUACCAAAGCUUCAGACUUAAACAUACUUAAAGGGAACUUCCAAUUAAACAAAUACAUGAACUGAGAUGCAGAGAAUUGUAGACUAACAAUAUCUGGUUUGGUUACCAUUUCAGAAUUGCUCAGUUGUUUGUAAUUUGUAUUUUUUUUUUUUUUAAACUGAGCCCUUCAUAUGUAAACACAAUGAAGCAAUGCACUUUGGGAUUGUGGGCUCUGAGGCUCAAGUUUCCCCCUUUGAAGUUGACUCUUCUCUCUCCUGUGGAGUUUGCUUUUAUAACUUUUCAAAUAUAACCAGCAGCUGUAUAUGCUGGUUAUAUUUGAAAAGCUGUAUGUACUUGUAUAUACCGAUUGCCUUCUAGUGCAUGUGUAUAGAUAUUGUUGUGGAAAUCAGCUAUCACUUGCACGCGUUAGCAUUAUGUAUUCUAAUGCCAGUAAUUGUUUAAAAUGUGAUUUUUAAAUGUAAAUAUUUAAAAAAUGAUUUGUGGAAUUGAUUCAUUGAGGCACUAACGCAUAUGCAGCAAGGGAGUUCUGUGUGACUGUUGGGUGUGCACAUUUGUUGAAAGCAUGAGAAUGAAAAUACAGCAAUGUUUAUAUCGUUUUUCAUUUUUGGCUGGUUUUGGGAGUGUCGGCCCUUCAUUUGCAAUGUAGAAAAUAAAAUGCCAUUUCGCUAUAAUAACAGAAA